CUUGCUUACACCCAUGCAGCGAGGUCAAGCCAGGACAAACGGUGUUCCGGCGUAUGACCUGUCGUAGAGAAGGCUGCGCAGAACGGAUGCGCAUAGAGCUCUGCGGUUCGACUGCUUUCAGCAGAGCUCGUGCACUCAGGAAUCAUUUGAAGGGCGACAUGGCGUCCAAACAGGUGGUGUCCCUGGCCGGAAAGGUGGCCCUCAUCACUGGAGCCAGUUCUGGCAUCGGAGCAGCCACCAGCCGUCUGUUCGCCAACCUUGGAGCCCAGCUCACACUGACGGGGAGAAAUGCACAGAACCUGGAGACAGUGGCAGGGGACUGUGGAAAGGAGACGGAGAGCAAGCCUCACCUGGUGACAGGUGACAUCUGUGAUGAGUCUGUGGCCGAGCGCCUUGUGGCUGAGACCAUGGAGCGGUUCGGACGUCUGGAUAUCCUGGUAAACAAUGCAGGAAUCCUGAAUAUGGGAACCAUGCACAACACUUCUCUGGAGGCAUUUGAUAACAUUUUCAAAGUCAAUGUCAGGUCUAUGUUCGUUCUGACACAGCUCGCCGUUCCUCACAUUGUAAAGAGCCAAGGCUGCAUCGUGAACGUCUCCAGCGUUAAUGGUCUACGAGCUUUUCCAGGUCUAGUUGCCUACAACAUGACCAAGAGUGCGGUGGACCAGUUCACAAGGAGCCUUGCCUUGGAACUUGCUCCUGAUAAUGUCAGAGUCAAUUCUGUAAACCCUGGGGUAGUUAUAACUGAACUUCAGAAAAGAGGGGCUGGUCUUGAUGAAGAGGCCUAUGCUAAGUUUCUUGAACGUACGAAGAUGACACAUGCUCUUGGCCGUCCCGGACAACCGGAGGAGGUGGCACGAACAAUCGCGUUUCUAGCGUCUCCGAGCGCAUCGUUCAUCACCGGGGCAACACUACCUGUUGACGGAGGCAGACAUGCCAUGUGUCCACGCUAGCCUUGUUAUGAGCACUUCUUCUUGCCAACAGGAGUUAGAGACUUGAAACUUUCCAGGGUAGAAGAGAGGAUAACCUCUACUUGAAGGCAGUACCACUCACAAGUGGUGCAUUGGAACAGGGACUGCUACCUGUAGAGUGUUUGGCUCUUUGGUUAACUGCAGAAAACUGCACAAAGAGCAUUUGUAGUGUCAUCUCCCCACUGCGCUGUUGGAUCACAUAUUUUUCCAUCCCUCACUCUUCUCCUAAUCUGUAUUUUAGUGAUACAGUCCUAAUGUAUGUGCUGUAUUUACCAAAUGUACUGUAUCUAUUCCCAUACCCCUUUAUGGACUACAUUUGAUACCUCAAGAAGGUUACAAAAGAGACCUUCUUGGAUACAUGUUACAAUAUCAGAAGAGCUUGUAAUUUGUAACAUUCUGCUGCCUUUGAAGUACAAGAUAGAACAUUGGUGCAAGUAGAAGAAGCUUACCAAUAUUUACUAUUACAUUGUGUACAUGUAUGAUAAUAAAAAUAAAUGUGUAAUGCCUCUUUGUAUCAAAGAUGUAAUUUCUUUAUGUGCCAAAUUCUGUUUGAUAUCUCCUGUAGACACCAUCACACUUACUGUGUGCUCAAGAAUGACAGGAGUUUGGUCUUGAUGGUAGAUGUUAUUGAUAUGCUUUCAGAGCAGUCCUCAGUGGUCUUUUAUCACGUGAACAUUAGAUAUGUGUGAUAACUGAAAACUGUGUUUUUCUUAGUCUUUUUUAGCAUAAAUAUAAAAUGAAACAUAGAAUACAAUUGUGGGCAAUAGCAAAAAAUACUGAAUUUUAAGUUAGCACUUUAAAAGAAGCAUGUUAUUCUCUAAAUAUAUAGUUUUCUAUCUUCUUGCCACCAUCUAUUUUUAUGCAGAUGUUUGCUAGUGAAUUGGUAGAUGAUAAGAUGAUAAA